AUGGAAAACACCGAGGGAUACAUUGAAGAGCGAGAGGGCGACCUUGAGUAUGACCGGAUGAUGGAGUACGAGCAAGGCCAGGAGGGUGACCAUGAACAUGAUCCUCACGGAGAGCAUGGAGGAGCAGCCGAUAACGGGCUUGACCAAAUGACGGGCACCUUCAACAAUGUGGCGCAGGGCCUAUCGGGCCACUACCGAAGCAUCAUGCUGGCAUACUGGCAGGAGAUUAUCAGCAGUAUUGAGCAUGAUGAGCACGAGUUCAAGGUGCAUCAGCUUCCUCUGGCGCGUAUCAAGAAGGUGAUGAAGGCCGAUGAGGACGUGAAGAUGAUUUCUGCCGAGGCACCCAUUCUGUUUGCCAAGGGAUGCGACAUCUUCAUCACCGAGCUGUCGAUGCGGGCCUGGAUUCACGCUGAAGAACACAAACGGCGAACCUUGCAGCGGUCCGACAUUGCCUCGGCGCUACAGCGAUCGGACAUGUUUGAUUUUCUCAUUGACAUUGUUCCUCGCGAAGAGGCCACCUUGCCCCCCGGCGCACGAAGUCGUCAGACCCAGUCGGCCGCUGCUGCCGCUGCUGCUGCUGCUGCCAUGUACAUGGGCGACGAAGAGGAGGAGUACCUGCAGGAGUCCCUGGAGGAGGGACAUCAGAUGGAGGGCGGAGUUCCCGGUGUGAUUCCCACUCAUCCUCUUCAGGAGCAGAUGGGUAUGUUUCAGCAAGAGUAG